GCUUGCUGCAGGAGCCUGCCCCUCAGAGCCGCCUCCCGCCGCAGCUCAGCCCGAGCCGCGCCCGCUGCCACCAUGGUGUCCUGGAUCAUCUCCCGCCUCGUGGUGCUGAUCUUCGGCACCCUCUACCCGUACUCCUCCUACAAGGCCGUGAAGACGAAAAACGUAAAGGAAUAUGUGAAGUGGAUGAUGUACUGGAUUGUGUUUGCCUUUUUCACCACUGCAGAAACACUCACAGACAUUGUUCUUUCUUGGUUUCCCUUUUAUUUCGAGCUGAAAAUCGCAUUUGUGAUUUGGCUGCUCUCCCCUUACACCAAGGGCUCCAGUGUCCUCUACAGGAAGUUUGUGCACCCAGCGCUCUCCAACAAGGAGAAGGAAAUUGAUGAAUACAUUACUCAGGCUUGUGAUAAGAGCUACGAAACCAUGAUGCGAGUUGGCAAGAGAGGGCUAAACCUUGCUGCCAGUGCAGCAGUUACUGCAGCUGCAAAGGGUCAGGGAGUUUUGUCUGAGAAGCUUCGAAGUUUCAGCAUGCAGGAUCUCACUCUGAUCCGAGAUGAAGAUACUGUGCAUAUGCGAAGCUGUGAUCCACAGCUGCACCCCUCUGGUGCGAGUCUGCUGGAAACUAUUGAAGACUCAGCUUCCUGUUAUUCCUCUGGAGAGGAGAGCUCUGUGGCACAUCGGUCUAAUGGAACCCCAUCAGAUACUAGAACAGACCCAUCAGAUGAAGAUGCAGGAGACAAACUUCCUAAACGUACCCAGAGUCUCAAAACUCCUAAAAAGCUUCCAGUGAGAAGUGUAAAAGCCCGCCCUAAGAAGAAAGCUGCUGGUUCUCUUGCUUCUGGCGAGUCAUCCUAAGGCAACCCGCUCCCCCAGCACCUGUCUCUGUUCUGGGAUUUGCCUUUGGCUUUUAUGGGGAGACUCCCUAAGGAAAGGGAGCUGAGAUUCUUGUAAAUAACCGAUACUGCUUUACAGAGCUCAUUCCAAGGCAAGGGGGAAGCUGGGAUUCAGAAAGCAGAGUAGAGGAUACAAAUCCUCAGGAAUUUUCUCCUUUUCAUCUCUCCAUUGGAGGGAAUGCUGAUAUGUGUACAUAGCCAGUUGCUUUGGAAUUCCCGCUGUAUAACUCUAGUUGAGAAUCUUUGGUGGAAAAACUGACUAGGGUUAGAGACAUCCAUUGCACAGAAGCUGGAAAAAUACUAGAUACAGGAGUUCCACAGGGCGGGUGGCUCUAAAAUGUCUUAUCUUGCUCUGGGUGUUCUCCCGCAGCUGUGUGUUGUUAAGAAGUGCCCGCGAUGAAUUUUAUUCCUUAAGAAUGGGCCAUACCUGGUAUGUCCAUCGCCUUUGAGAAGGUGACUGAAGUGAUGUGUGCUGGGUGCUUUUGGACAUAAAGGACUGGCUUAUGGGAGGUAUAUGCUAGACUCCCAUUACUCAUACUGGAACAUGAAGAGAUUGUUUUUUAUUUUAUUUGUUCUGGAAGGUGAAGGGAGAUAACUGGAAAAACUAAUAAAGAAGAUGUGCUAUUAUGUGCACAUUAUAUGAUGGAGUAGGCAAGAGUUACUGUUGAGAAGGAAAGUUUGACAUCUCUAAGAUUUUGGCUAUUUUUGAAACUGCUUGAAUUUUAUUUCAGGUUCUAAUGCCCACUUUGACUCCUAUGAGAGCAUCAGGAUGAGGUGAGUCCCAUGCAGCAGGUCCCAUGCAGUUCCAAGACAAGGUUCCUCGCUUUGCCAUUUAGUGAUUGAACUCAUGUCAUGUUACCCGUGUCAUGAAGUCAUGUUACUUCAGACAAAUUCUUUUAUUCUAGCAGAUAUCUGGGGAAAAUCUGUCUCAAAAUAGUCUGCAGGCAUACUUGAGAAUUUCAGAAGCCAUCACCUCUCAGCUUUAGGACAGUCAAUCCUUAGGACAUGAGAACUGAAACAGUUGAUUUAUUGAUAGUUGACUUCCGCUAACUUCAGGAUUUCAUUUAUGGCGGAUAAAAAGCAGGGACUAAAGUGCAAUGCUGUGAUUAACCAGUCCUCUUGCUUUAUCCUGGUGCAGCCCUUGCACAGAUUUUCUGUCUGACAUGUGCUGUAUUUAUCAGUGUCCUGAGACUUGAGCAAUACUUAACACUUGGGACAGAAAACUACAAGGAAUGUAGAAUAUUGUGGAAGUGAAAUUGCAGUGCUGCAGAAAAAAUUUGCAUCAUGUCAAGUCAUACCAUCAUGCCAAUCUCUUGAAGGUUGUUAAGGGGAAAUACCCUGUGCACAUGCCAGCUGAGUCAGUGAAAACUUAGGAGAUUUAUGAGCAGGGUUCUUGUUAUCAAGAUCUACAAUGAAGGUGCACCAUUAUAGACACGAGUGUCUGAGUGAAUACUUGGUGGUUUUAAAAUUUUCACUAAAAUUAGUUAUCAAAAGAUCCUGGCUCCUACAUGCAGGUGUUUGUGUCCCAUACUUUUGCUGUCACGUUACUGAAAUUAGAGUGAAUUCUUCACAGGGCCCAAUAUUGUAGAGAACAGCCUUUCAAAAAUUGAUGAAGUUGAAGACUAGGACUGAAUUUUUUUCUUGUUUCCCAUUGUCUUGGUGGCAAAUUAUUUGCUGUUGAAUUGACCAGUUAUUUCAGGAAGCCCAUUAAGUUGGGUUUACUAUUUUUUGUAGCUUUAAAAAAUUUAAACUUUACAAUUCAUGUUAGAAACUUGGAUCUCAUCAGAAAUAUUUGUCCUAAAUUAUCCACAAGACUUUAUCCGGGAGUCAGUAGAAAAAUCUUGAUUUGGUUCUGAAUGUCACAAAAAAACCCCGAUUAUUUUGUUCUUUGUUAGUUUAUUGGCAAACUUCAUGUCUUACUACACAUGAAUGCAUGUCCUGAAGCAGGAAUACUUUCUAUUUCCAAAGAAAAUUCCUCUCUUCAGACAACAGAUAAAAAUCUUUCAUGGUUAUGUGGAAGAUCCAGUUGUGAGGAGUUGCUGCCCUAGAUGUUCCUGUACUGAUCAAGAGAGAACUAUUGUUCUUUAUAUACCAAGUAUGUCUAUGACCAUGUUACUUGAUUUUUUUUUUAAUUAAAAUUUUGCAUAGCAAAUUAUUUAUGUAAAUCAUUGUGAGGGGCUUGAUUUAGAAGCCAGGUCUCCCCUUGUGCUGAUCUUCUUGCCCAAUAUUGUAGGAAAGGUCCUUGUGCGUGCACUGUGAUAGUCUACGAUUCUAGGUUUCCACAGAGUGACUUCCCAGAAUCUUCUCUAGAAUCCAUUUAUUUGUAGAGGCUUUUCUGCUUUGAAGGACAGGAGGAAUUUCUGAAGAUUCUGUUCUGGUAUUUGGAUUUAUCUUUGUCUUCCUGAGCUGAAUCCUGUGCUAAGUAGAUUUUACUUAGCAUUGAUGCUUGAUGUCAUUAGCUUGUGGGAAAUAUGGGUCAGUUUUACUCUGACUUCGUUUAUACAGGGGAACUGGCAUUUGGUUGCAAGAGUGAGUCUACAGUAGAGUCAGAGACUAUCCAGUGUGCAAUAUGAAGCUGAUGAUGUCAAGCAGCAGAACUUAGCCAGAGCAAGAGCAAUGUCUUAGCAUGGAUACUGUUUUCUUUUUCUAGUACAAAUAUGACUGCUAGAUUGUGCUUUGCUCACUCAAAGCCACUGCAGAUCUACCACCACCCAUGUGACCUCUUAGUGUGUUUCUAGAUACAGUUCUGCAUUGGAUGGCACUGUCUUGCAUAGACAUUCUCUUGUUAAUGAGAACGCUGACUGUGCUGUUUUGAUAAAAUGCUUUUAUCAGCUGCUGUUUGGUGUUUUCAGCAGGAAAUGCUGGAAUGUAGUUUCUUUUCAGUAUUGUCUGUGGGCUUCGUUGUGCACUUAAGCGAAUGGUUAAAUCUUCACCUAGCAUUAGAACCUGUUGUGUUCGGUAAACGUGUAGAGCCUUUUCUUAAUAUGCCUGGCCACAGAGAGGAGUGCAGUAAGAGAAAAUGAUACUUGAAGCUGGGGGCUAAAGAGGGUGGUAUGUGUGUUUCAAACUUCGUGUGCCUAAAGGUUAUCCUAAAAUACCUGUACUGCGAGAUGCAAAGUUGAAGCCAUGACUGCCUUUUGAAAAGAAAUGUUUUACUUUCAUGCUUUGUAGUAGUAUAAGUCCGUGUUCUGCUGUUGGAAAAGAAAAUAGUGAAAUGUGGUUUCCUGUCUGAGAAACUUAAUGAUUUGUUGCAUAAAAGGGGAAAAAUAUUUUCUUGUUUGGCAGUAAUCCUCCAUGGUGGGUAAGAAAUAUGAAAAUAUAGGGGAGACAACUGUCAGGUUUUAAACCUUUACACUUUACCUAAACAUCUUUAUUACUUACUUUUUAAAUUUUGAGUUUGUGAUUCUCCAGCUUUACAUGUCUGGGACUGGUUUCUUUUAGACUAGAAUAAUUUCCUUGAUAAGUAGAGCAUAUAUAUAGAGAGGGGUACUGGUGUCCUUAAAAUUGCAAAGCUUGUCCUGGGGAAGUUUCACCUCCCCUCAUUUUAGUGAAUUGAUUUCCUUUCAUUGUGCUUUUGCAGUGCUGGGCUUUCUUUUAUACAUCCCUCUUGGAAAUACAACUCCCUCACAACAUACUUCCUUGGAAAGCAAGAUCUCUAGAGAACCACAACUUUCCAGAAAUGGUUAUUUGUUCUGUGUCAUCUUAAUCAGCAGGAAAUUUAGUGCCUUAGGAGAAAAGUAAGGUAUCUAUGGAGAGCUUUGCUGGUUCUCUGAUCUACACAUAGCAUUGUAUUAAGGAGGCUCACAGGUUAACUGUGAAAUGUCAUUGUAUGCUUGAAAGCAGCUGUUGAAUUGAGCUGAUUUUUCUUUUCUGUCUUCCAAAAUUGCAUAUAAUGCUGGAAAGUGUGGAUUGUUCCCUAAGAGAGAAAUCUAGGGAAAAAAGUUGUGUUCUGAUGGAGAAACCGUAUUGUCUCAUUUCUGCUUACUGGCGAGAUGCUCGAUGACAUGUCUGUGUAACUGGUCUGUACUAAAGCUUUUCUUGCUUUAGCCACUAGGAAUUUUGUAACACACUGUCUGGCUGAAGCAUCUCGUGACGCUGCUUUGUGAGUUGUCUUGAAAAGUCGGAUAUGUGAAAAGGAAAGUAUUCUGAAGUUACAUGAGCUUGUAGAACCGUAGAGGUGUCAGAGUUGGAAGGGACCUCUGGGGGCCAUCUGGUUCAGCCUCACAAUUCAGUCAGGGCCAGCUGCUGCCAGUUCCUGUGUGCUAUUUCUGGUCUGGAAUCUACUGAGUUUAAUGUUUAAGAGCUGAUAAUGUGUGCAGAAAUGCAUGUGUGGGAAUAUGCUUUAAUGUUACUGAGGAGAAAUGUUUCCUGGACACUUUUCAUCUGGAAUUUGGCUCUGUUGCAAGACCCUAUAAACAUAACUCAUCUCAUGUUCCUUAUAUGUAUUGUUAAAAAGCUUAAAGGCCUCAAAAAAGAUCUUAAGAGGUGUGCAGAGUAAGUUGUGAAAACAGUUGGUGUUCACAGUAAAUGGAGAAAAUAACUACAUAGCGGCUAAGAACCUGUCUUGUGAGCUAGACAGAUAGAAUUAGAGUAGAAAAUGAGCUGUGUAUAGUACAGAGUUGUCCAGUAAAUACUGCUGACUUCCUGAGCCUCAAGCAACACUUAAACUGUGCAUUCUGUUGAUUUCUUUUUGAGCCUUAUUUCUCUCUUGGAGUCAGUCUCUUGUCUCCUUCCCUCCCUUCCCCUUUUCCCCCUUCUAAAUUGGGCUUGAGCUACAUACACUGAGAUUCUUCAAACUUUCAUCCCUUCAGAACAACAAAGUUUGACUUUUACCUCAGCAGGCAACUGAUCUGCAGGGAGGAAUAUUAAGUAUCUCUCAUAACUUUGUAGAUGUGUUAUGCUGGAGAAGCACUAGCAGGAAUCUUCAGAGGAUAUGUUUGCCUGGGAAAUUCUGCCCUCUGCCUCCUGCAAAGCGUGUUUGGGUGAACCAUAUGCUGGAGUUAGCUACACUCAUAUACACAGUUACCUGUAGAAUCCCAAAAUUCAGUGUCAGAAUUUCCAGAGCUCUAUUUCUGAUGAUAAUAGGAAUUAAAAUAAUACGAAGUGAAAAGAAACAGUGGCAAAUUGGUGGGUUUUUUGAUUUUGUGAGUUUUUUGUGUGGUUUUUGUUGUUGUUGUUGGUUUUCCAGGGGUUUUUUGCAACUUUGCAGGUAAAUUUAGGUCAUCGUUAUUUAUAUGCCUAAAAUCUUAGGGCCUGAAGCCCCUUGCAAGCUAUUUGUUGCUUUCUUGCUCUCUUUCGUAGAACUCCUGUUCUUCUGUGAAUUGGUAAUGUUUUUUUGUUUACUUUUAUUAAGCAAAAGCUGGCUUCCUUUUUUUCUGACUGUGGAGACUUGAAAUAUACUGUAUUAGAGCUGCAAUUUAGCCCUUUUUUGUUAUUUAAACCUAUGACCUAGAUUAAUACGUGUAAUUUGUACAACAAGGCCUAAGUCUGGAUUCCCAGGUGGAAUGUGAGCAUCUAUUACAAAUAGCUUAGUUUGACAUAUUUCCCUUUUCUUGCAGUGGAUUCUGGCUGAAAUGUGCUCACUCCAGACCUUUGGACAAGAGCAUUCUGUCAGCAUUUAAUCAGAUAAUGUUAGAAGUAAUAUUUAUGGGAAUACUGCAAAUAUAAGUGAACACUAAAGGAGCAAAAGCUCAAGUCUUCUGUAAUAUAUAACUGUCUGAGACUAUGUAAAACAUUAAAGCAUUUCUGGCAGCAAUGGAAAUGCAUUGCUAUACUGACUUACAAAGAUAGGGAAUUCAGUCAAGGUCUUUGCAGCAGGUUUUUGAGGAAAGUCAGUCUGGAUGGGCAAGCAUGUAAAGUUUUACAUACCAGAGAACUAAGUUAUUAUCACAAGUAAUGCUUAGCAACCUACCAAAAAGAAAGAAGUCGAAAAAUUUUGGUGACUAUAAAAUGGAGAGAAAUUUUCCUGAUUGUCCAACCUAGUAUUGAAUAUAAACUUUCUGUAUUUGUGAUGCUGCCUUAUUUGGGAAAGCGCUGCUUUAAUGAAGUCCUCAUUUCUGGCUCAUCUGUCAGAUUAUUUCUCAAAUUAAUCUCGAAUUAGAGAUGCUUGGGUUUGACUCAUUUUAAUGUCAAAGUUCCCAUUAGCACAGUGCUGAUCUAAAGGUAGUAUGGCACAAGGAUUGUUGUGAAUUAUUUUUUGUCCACCAGAGGGUGUGAGAGUAACAAAAUCACUGACCAUGAGUGAGCAGAGACACACCUCCUAACAGUUAGUUCAGUUAUGGCAGUUGAACAGCAGUGUUUCCUAGGUAUGAGGAUCCUUGGGGAUGAGGGAAAUACAAGCUGGGACUCUAAUGAAGACGUAUGAAAUAAUACUGCUGUUAACCUCGGACUGAAAAGGCUAUUCUAGGCAUUCUAAUUGAGCCACUAUCCAGUGAGACUUGCUGAGACAAUAGCAUUACAGAAUAAUUGUCCUCACUUUUUGUUGUUGUUGUUGCUGCACAUUCAAACCAUUUUCUAGCUGUAGGAAGCAGCUCUGAAAAUGACAAUGUUUGUGAUUUCCAACCCGCCCCCCACCCCCCCCCCCCCCCCCCCCCCGGUUUUGCAAUUAACUAAUUGUUAUGUGUUGCUCUACUUCAUACUCUGAAUUUCAGUAGUAUUUCCUGGUAAGGAUGAGUAUUUUCUUUCAGUUGGAUCUAUUUUCUGUGAAAAGAGAAGCAAUUUUAAUCUAAAAAUACAGAUUUGUCUAAUGUUACUAUGGUAAUUUGUGACCAUGGCAACAGAGAGCAUUCUGAAGAACAGACAGACAGAUCUGGUUGGUUUCUUGGUUGUUUGGUUUCUGUUUUUAAAGUCAACAACCUAAUUAAUGUGCAUGCAUUUCACAAAAAGCUCUUGACUUUUCAUAUUUGUUAACCAUACAAGAUCAUAUGGGUCCAAGGGAUUUUGACAUCCUUAAAUAGAAAAGCUGAUGUUAGAACAUAAUGUAACAGUAUGAGAUUCUUUCCAAUUAUUUAUUUGCAAAAGCAUAGAUGGGGACUUGCAGACUGAAGGAGGAUCCAAGAUAUACCAGGAGGUUUCUGUAGGAAAGAGAAAUAGAACCUAGAAUAGUCCUGGGCAUUCUUCAGUGUCAGACUUCAGGAGAAAUAAAAUCAAGAAUAAAAAAAUAUAUUCAAUAUGUUUCUAUUUUUCCGUCAUAUGAUCAGAGUUAGGUAAAGCAACACAGUGCUUUUGGGCAGGUGCUAAAUUUCAGGUAGGAGUUGUGGAUUGCCCUGACAUGCCCCAUCCCAAGCGCGUGUGCUGCAUUCUGCGAAACAUUUAGUAAUGAUUUAAAGAGUUACAAGAAAUUGAGGGAGGUAGGAAUGGGCUUUUCUGGCUAAGCCUUGUAUUUGAUGUAUUUAUCUCUGCCAGUAUAGAGCUAACAUAAAGGCUUUCUACUGUCAGCACUCAAUGUCAGUUUUAUAGGAAGUGUGUGGAUAUAAGUUUAGCCAAAGCCAAACCACAGAUUUUUUUUCCGAGUUUUUCCUUUUUCCUAGGUUUUGUUGGGAAAUCUAGCAACUGAAUGGAAAUUAUAACAUUGCUGCUAUCGCUUGCUUAUUUUGGGCAAUGAAUAUUUUGAAUUAAAUAGAAUUAAGCAGUAUUUAAUAGUUUAAUUUUUGUAAAAGCCAGCUGUUGUGACCAAUCUGUGUUUAGCACAAGAAUACAGUAAGUGAUGCAUGGAGCCAUUGUAGCACAGGAAGGCUAUUACCUCUGAAAAGGGGAGGCAGAGAAGAGGCCAGCCUAAACUGAAUGGGUUCAGCUAGUGCAGUCUCCUGUCUCUGAUACUACUCAGUGUAUUCGAUGACCAGAGGGUAGUUUGGAAUUAAAUGUACAUUGGAAAACCCCUCCUCAUGACACUGUCACCUGUUUAUCCAUGUGCCGAAGCACAGUGGUGUUAAAAUGACUGGAUUAAUGGAGUUUUCCUGAGAGGGGAAGUUGUUUGAAUUCUGUCACUAAUUUUUUGUAGUCAUUAAGUUUGGUCACUUGCUGCAAUAUAAUGACUUAAAUGUACAAAAACCUAAGUCUCAUAUUGUGCUUGCUUUAAUACCCAGACUCAUCUUGGGUAUCUUUUAACAUUCUCUUUUUUAAAGAACCUGUUUUAAAGGGGCCACUGCUUAUCUUCCAUUUCUAUCUGGAGUAUAAUGCAAAAGGUUUUAUCAAUGCAGAUGUGAUCUCGUUCCACAGGGUGGCAACUAAUCCUUAUUUCUCUUCUCACUUAUUUUGACAUUUCCACUAGAAGUGGCUUUCCUGGCCAAGUUCCCUUCUGAGGCAUCAGGGUCAUAAGCAUGGAAAGACAGCCCUUUUGUUGAGGUUAAAGAGUAUUUGGAAAAGCUCAUUAUACUAUGUCUGUUCAGGCUGUAUCAACCUGCUGAAGAUUGCUGAUGAGACCAAAAAGGCACCAUGCAAGGACUAAAUUUUGAACACUUCUUGCUACUGUCUCAUGUGGGUGUCUCUGGUAAGUGGUGCUCCGAGCACAACUGAUCACAAGUUUAUGAUGGCACCUCUAAAGAAAAAGUUGCUGUGAUAAGGUUUAGUUAUUGAUGUGGGUGGGUAAGAAAGGUUCUGGAGGAUUUUUAUUCACUUUUUACUUCCAGUUUAUUUUGACAGAUAAAUGUCUCGGAUACUUUGAAUUUAAAUCUACAUAUGUCAUUAGAAUAGAUUUAUAAGUUGAAGGUAUGGCAUUUUUGUUCUAUGCUAGUGAGUUUACAUACCUUUUUCCCACCUCAAGCCCCAGUUUCUUGCUACUGAUGCCUGUGGAUAUUAUUUUUUAAAAAUGCUGUUUUGUUAUCUUCUCAAACUGUGCUCUUAAACUAUUUUAGUUUAUCUUCAUGUCUUACAUGUUUAGUCUUCUGUCUUUCCCACUCUCCAUUGCUGAAUGAAUAAAGAUAUGAAAAUGAAUACAGAGUCCUGCUAUUUCUGCUAUGUAAAAAUAAGGCAAAUUUUGGGAAUCUAGCUUGUCCUGGCAUUGUUUCCUCACUUAAAUGUUUCUCACUCUCAGGUUGUGUCCACUUCGCAGCUGUUAACUGAGGACUUGGUUUUAAUAUCACAAGUGUAUUUGUUAGGUGGCCUUUUUGUUCUGGCCAGAAUAAAAUACUUUGGUUGUUAAGCAUCUAUGAGACCUACCUGAAUUGUAAUUGCAAGUAACUUUUGGGGAGCACAGAGAUUGGAAAGCAUUCGUAUAUGCAAAGCUAGAGAAUGGUGAAUAUCUUUUUCUGGGUCUAUGUGCAGAUGCAGAAAUGUUUAGUCAGUACUACAUAGCUACUAUACCUAGGCAUGAAACAUUAGAGUGGUCAGGAAAUAACUGUCUUACAGACCAGGUAGCAAGAACUCAGCUUACUUACUGGAAAUCCUGUGGUACGGACAACAGGCAGAGGUUGUGUGAAAUUACAAGUUAAAAAUGGGCUAUGAGAAGAAUUUUCUGUCACUGUCAGUAACAGUUGGUUUUCUACAGACCCAGCUAGCAGGUGAAGUGGGUCAUUGGGAGGUAGCAGUUGUAAUGGCUGGGAUAAGAGAGGAAGUCAAGGUUCUAGUGCCAUCUUCAUACUUGGUGUUUUGGAUAAGCUAAGUCUGAAGUUGAUGAACUGUCGUCUUUAGCUGGAACUUCAUAACAGUAGUAGUAAUGGACUGACAUAGUUUUUGGCUUUGAAAUUCAGCCUAGCUUUUUUUUUCCAAAGUAGACUCUUGUGUAGGUGGAGCGUUUCUCUUUUUACCCCCUUGCUGUCAGUUUUUCCUGCCAAUGCAAUGAAUCAAAGAAUCAUAGAUUGGAUUGAGUUGGGAGGACCCUUAAAGAUCAUCUAGUUCAACCCUACUGCCAUCCUUCUACCUCUGUGGAUGUUCUCGUGAAGGAAGCAGAUUUUCUUCUGUUUCAGCCAGCUCAGAUUGCCUAAACUCAGCAGUUGAAAGCUGAAGUGUUUAUAUAGUAAAUAAAAAGUGUUUGACUAUA